AUGGUGAUGUCACUGUACCGGACUAUCAAAGGCCACACGGGGACGUACAAGCGGAGGAAGAACCGCGAACUUGAAAGAAGCUUGGGAUCCCUAGAGGCCACACUGCCGCGUGAAAUGGUGUCACGACGCAAAAUACUGUCCCGCUCGCGGGACGACCUCAAUCUAGAUCAGUCCUACAUCACACAGGAAGAGGAAGAGGACGUCUGGUAUCAGAAGGAAAAACUCUACAAGGAACACAUUCAGGAAGUGCUGGAUAAAUGGACACAGAUCGACGACGAAAUCUGGGCCAAAGUGAUCGUCUUCGAGCGGAAUCGGCGGGUGGCCAAGGCGUACGCCCGCGCACCGGUCCUGACGAUCAACGGUUCCGACGAUGGAUUUGAUGGAAUGAGAAUUGGCCUUUGCGGCUUUGACAAUCCGAUGCGCGAUCACAAAACCGAAGAAGUCAAACGGCACGUAGGACAGGGUGUAAAGAUCAAGAUGGACGACGCAGGGAACAUUCUCAUCAGACGCUACUCGAAGAGCAACGUGUACGUGAAGAGCACGGCCAACCAACCGAACGAAGAGACGGCCAUCGGAGCGGACAUCCUCAAGCUGCCCGGCCAGGCGAUAGAGAGUGAGAAGAUCGUGAAGCUGUUCGACAUGAAGAAGUUCCAGUCCAAUGUGAACCGCGAGCUGCGCCGUGCCUAUCCGGACCGCAGACGGCUCGAGACGCAGUGUCUGUCGGCGAUCGCGUUCGUCAAGUCGGAGAACGACAUCCUGGACUGCCCGGUCUGGGUGCUGAUCAUCAAUGUGGUUGCAAUGGAUAUGCUGAAGAGUAAACUACCUCCCGCCUUUUUCCUUCCCCCUGCGCGCCUGCCGUCCUCCAUCUACGGUGCAGUUCAACGUCCGGUUGACAUUAAGAACCGUCCAAGAAUCCCCAUCCCGGACGAAGAUCCGUACAGUGUGGCCGGCAACGGUGGCGGCAGCUCCGGUAGUUCCGGUUUCGGGGCCAGCGGGUCCGGUCUGGUUGCGGCGAGCCGCGAGCACUUGAUCCAGCAGCCGCAACCGAUGGGCGGCCAGCGGCGCAGCGAGAAACCGCCGAAACUACCUCCACGGGACAAUCUGUACGCGACGCACGAAAUUGGCAAGCCGGAUUAUGAUGACAUCGAGGAUGAAAACCGCGUCAAGCUACAGCGAGGCAAAUCAGAUAAGGGCAAAGAUAAUAAGAAAUACGAUGAUCCGUACUACUGUGGACUGCGGGCCCGAGUGCCGAACUUUGUGAAGUCGUCCAAGUCGGCGAAGGAGAACAACAACAACGGCCCGAACGCGGCCGUCGGUGGUGGCAGCAAGGAAACGGUGGCCUCGAAGCGCCUCUCGAUCGCGCACCUGCAGCACCCGGCGUCGCUGCAGUCGCUGCACCAGCUGCACCAGAUGCACCCCCAUCACAACCUGAUGGCCGCCCACCAGCACCACCAGCAGCUGAUGUGGCACGCCCGGAGCUACGAGAGUGGCAUUGAUACGGACGUGGUCGAGUCACCCUAUAGUCACAUGUACGGCCGCGUACCACUGCCGACCCGGGGCUACAUACCGGCUCCGAGGGCCAUGUACAUCGGCGAGUGGGACUAA